AUGCAGGUUGCCUCCGAAGAAGUUGGGGUUCUGGAACUGGCCACCAAGUAUCCUGUGUGCAUGGCCGGCAAACCGGCAGACGCUAAUGGUAAAGAGGACAAUCGCUGCUUCAAGGGGCGUAUUGCUCACAUGCAGGUGUACAACACCGCCCUGACCCAGGAGGAGAUCAAGGAAGUCAUGGACCGUACCAGGGGGAUCGCGUCGUCUGGACUAGUCGGUCACUGGCCACUAGAUUCCAAACAUGGCGCCCGUGACAUCAGCGGCUAUGGUAAUGACGGCGUGCAUUUCGACACGGGGUUGGCACAGGGGCCGGGGGGAGAGACGGAUGCGGACGGAGCCUUCUACUUCAAAGGAGCUAUUGGCUCUAGGAUCGAGUUUCCCAACAACGGCGCCCUGGCCCCAACAUCCUACAUGACCAUGCAGGCCUGGGUCUACCCGGAGGGGCUAGCCGUCUCACCCAUCUUCAGCUACCAAACGGACCUGAAGAACGAUCUCUACAAAUACGGAGUCACCUUUUGGUUCCAUAAUACUGCAAGCAAGCUUUCUGCACAAUUCGUUGACCAGGGUGGCAAAACAUCGCCUGAACUCAAAGCAGAAGUGAUGACGGACGGAGAGUGGCAGUUCGUGACGGCCACCUACAAUGCCACCACAGGCCAGGUCAAGCUGUACAGGAAUGCCGAGGAGGUUGCCUCCGAAGAAGUUGGGGUUCUGGAACUGGCCACCAAGUCUCCUGUGUGCAUGGCCGGCAAACCGGCAGACGCUAAUGGUAAAGAGGACAAGCGCUGCUUCAAGGGGCGCAUUGCUCACAUGCAGGUGUACAACAUCGCCCUGACCCCGGAGCAGAUCAAGGAAGUCAUGGACCGUACCAAGAAAGGGUACUACUAGAUCCUGACCAACAUGCAGGCAAGCAUGCAGUUUGCACAGAACAAAUACAGCAAUGCUUGAGCAGACUUUGCUACUUCGCAAGACUAGUGUUUUCCUUUAGGGGUGUGAUUGGUGUAAAACGAAAUGUUUGAUCAUGAGCAAUAUGUUGUAUUGAUGUCAUUAUUUUUGGUGUAUAAAAUAUGAAAGAGAGGGCAUGACAUUAGUUGAUGAUUGGUUUACCAAAAUAAAAAAAGCGAAAGACGUCACAAACAAUAAUUGCAUGAAAAUUCCAAUAGACAAUUAACUAGAACAUGUUAUGCCAAUGUAAAAAAAAUAGCAUAAGGAAGAAUGUUCACCCCACUAAACAAACGAUGUUGAUCAAUGAUGGUUCCUGAUUUGGGUUUCUUUCAUUCAAGUAUUUACUCGCAUAUCCAUAGGUGACGGUAGGUGAAAACUAAACCCCAGGUCUGUCAAUGACUCAACACAACAGAAGAAGACAAUGUGUAUAUGAUGUGUAUACUUUUAGCAUAUACUGUGGUCAUUGACUUGUAGUUAUCAGUAACAGAAUAGCCAUGUCAAUAAAAAUCGAAUUAAGACAUCAACUCAUGUAACACCUAAGUGUAAGAGAGAAAUUCUGAGAUUUAUUCAACUUGCCAAUGUAAGAUCUCCAACUAUAUAUUGCCGACUAUGGGAAAUCUAUAAGACCAUACUUUCUAUUCUGUUUUUAAUUCAAACAUUUGUGACCGUAGGUAUGUGAAGGGGUCGUUAUAUUGCAACGAGCAAAUGAAUAAUUUGACUAGCACAUGAUACAAGUAACACAUUUGCUAUAUGGCGAUAUCGUUGCUUUACCCAGAGCAGUGAGGUAGAGACACUGGUAACGAAUGAGUCCAUACGUAUAUACCAAUUUAGCACAUCCUCGUACUCUUCAUUGCUUCAAUAAGGCUUGACAUUAUAAAGACCUGGCCAUAGA